GUCUUGCCAAUGCCCUGUCAGCGGCCUUGCCGCACACGACUCAGCACAUCAUCACCUGGUGUCUUCUCGCAGACGAUUCUGUGCUAGCCGAGCUCGUCAGCGUGACGCCCAAGCAUCUCACACGACUCGGCCUAGACUUGAACUCGUUCAGCUGCAGAGAUGCCCAUGCUGUCGCGCGAGUAAUUGCCAGAGUGACGGGGUUAAGGGAACUUCGCCUACUGUUCCACGGCCGUUCGUUUGCUUGGCUGGGCACCGGAACGGAGGAUACGGGUACAGAGGAGCUGGCGUCUGCUUUGCCAGCAGGGCUGCAGAAGCUGCACCUGAUGCUCGAGUCUUCUUGUCUGGGAGCCACCGCUCUUUGCAAGGCUUUGCCCGCCAGCCUUCAACAGCUGGCUUUAGACUUACAAGUCACGGCCCAUACGGCGAGUAGCACACUGGCACAGGCCCUGGCAGCAGCGCUUCAUGGCUUAACUGUCCUUCAGCUGCGGCUCGCCGAUUUCAACAUGAACCUGAGUGACCUGAGGAGCAUAGCCACUGCUUUGCCAAGCUCUUUGUCCGAUUUGCGCUUGGACCUGUGCUGUCGCGAUGUCGGUGAUGAUGGAGCCAGCACGCUAGCGACCAACCUGCCCAAAGGGCUGGAGCGCCUUACGCUUUGUCUGCGAGACUGGCGCUUCACCGCUGUCGGGAUGAGAGUGCUAGCAGCAGCAGUACCACGAAGCGUGAGGCAGAUUGACGUCUCGGGCUCAUCUUUAACCUUGUUGGAGCAGCUUGAGGUCGGUGAAGGCCAAGUCCGCACCUUUCACCAGAGCGAGGAGACGGAAUCAGAAAUCUCAACUAUAGCAGGGAUGUUGCCGCUUGGACAGUGUCUGCAUCAGGAAUCAACACAGCUCCAACCUAACGAGGAGCAGCGUGAGCUGAUUGAGAUCAUUCUGGGGAUAAAAGCCUCCAGACCCUUGCUGGUGUCGGGAAGACGUGGCCGUGGUAAAUCUGCGACUCUUGGAAUGGCUGCUGCGGUGCUGCUGCAAAGAACAGGUGGCCGGAUUCUCGUGACAUCUCCAAGCAGCGACGCAUCUUCUCAGCUCUUCUGGGCCGCUAGAUGCUUUCUCGGCGACUGCGAGAAAGGGCACGGGCGAGCGCUCUUCUAUGGCAAGAAGGGAAGCCUCGAGUUUAUUGUUCCAGAACGCCUUGCCGAACUAAGCCGAACGGAAUUGAAAGAGUCCUUCCUCAUAAUCGAUGAGGCUGCAGGAUUUCCCGUCAAUUUCACUGCCCACUUGCUUCAGCAAGCAGGUCGAGUCUUGCUCGCUACCACGCUGGACGGCUACGAAGGCAGUGGCAACGGUUUCUUGGUUCGAGCAUUGCCGCAGCUUCGCGCAGCACGUGCGGGUUUACAGACUCGUGAAUUGCGAACUUCUUGGCGCUGGGCUCGCGGAUGUCCACUGGAGGUCCUCUCCAGGGCAGCUUUGCUCCUGGAUGCAGUCCCCGCAGCAGUGAGCCCUGCAGCAGCAGAAACGAUCGCUCGGUCAGCUGUGUUGGAAGCUGUCGAUCGGGGUGCCAUUGUUAAGGAUGAUGAUCGACUGAAAGAGAUUUAUGGCCUCCUACGUGUAGGCCACUAUAAAACAAAACCCUCUGACCUGGAGACUUUCCUUGAUGCGAAAGGUGUUGUGUGGCUUGCUCUACGAUACAAGAACAACUAUUACGGCAUCACCAUCUCUGGCACAGAGGAACCAGUGCUAGAGGAGAAAGCUCAGCAGCUCCGGCUGGCACGAUGCCAAGUUGCAGCAAACCUAACUGCGCAGACUCUAACAAGGGAUGCUGGCAUACUGGAAGCUUCCACACUGCGUUUCGUGCGUGUCAUGAGAUGGUGUCUGCAUCCGAACCUCCGUGGCUACGGACUGGGUGAGCGCUUACUGGUGGAAAGCCUCAAUCGUCUGAAAUCGCUUUCGGUGGAUGCUGUCGCGGCACAUUUCGGAGCAACAUCGUGGCUUAUCAAGCUAUGGCUUCGACAGGGCGCGCGUGUGGUUCAUGUGAGCCACGGCUGCGAUCCAAGCAGCGGACAGCACAGCGUAAGUGUGUUGAUCCCUUUGACGGAGAGGGGGAGACGACUGUGUGAAAUCUUGGAGGGGAAGUUGCAAGAAGAGCUUCCAGAGCUGCUCUCAGGGCCCUUGGCCGAUCUUGCUGGCGAUGCCCUGAGAGAGCUCUUGAAAGCCAUUGAGUGCCCGAAGGCUUCCUUUCAGGACCAACUCGACUCGUGGAGCUUCGCCUUCGGAGCCCGCAGUCUCUCCAACUGCAAGAUUGCGCUGCGCCGUGUGGUCUUGCAGAGCUUGCAGGUGCUGACAGAGUCUGAGGAUGAGUUCAGUUUCCAGGAUAGAAAGUCAAAUGUGAAGCAUGGGAAGCUCUUCCUUGACCUGUUACAGGGACGGCCUAUCCUGAGUGAGAUGCAGCUGCGCCAAGCCCUGCGGCAUUUGCCGAUGAUCAGAGAUUUGCAUCCGUGCAACCAAAAUUAUGGUGCUUCUGCAGGUGUUAUGGCACAACAUUACCCACUUUAUUGUGCACUUCAUUCGUAA